CAGUGUACCAUGGCACUUGAAGUUGGCACAAAAUGGAUGCUGCUUGCAAAUAGUCAUCAGUUUCAACUAAACAUCGAUUUACAAAAUGGGAAAUCAAUUAGUUGGUAUUGCGCCUAGUCAAAUAUUUCCAGUAGAACAUUAUUUGACAGACCAUAGUGAUUUAUUAUUCGAUGUAAACUUAGGAAGUACUAGAUUUUUUAAAGUGGCUCGAGCCAGGAGUCAGGAAGGUCUUAUAGUAGUUAAAGUUUUUGCUAUUCAUGAUCCAACACUCCCACUUUCCACAUAUAAAGAAAAGCUUGAAGAAAUUAGAUCUAAAUUGGCAUCUGCUGUGAAUUGUCUACCUUUUCAAAGAAUGAUUCUCACGGAAAAAUCUGGAUCAAUAAUGAGGGAAUAUGUAAAGUAUUCUCUUUAUGACAGAAUUAGUACUAGGCCAUUUUUAACGACCAUAGAGAAAAAAUGGAUUACUUUUCAAGUUUUAUAUGCUCUACAUCAAGCUCACAAGUUUGGAGUCUGCCAUGGUGACAUAAAACUAGAAAACAUAAUGAUAACCAGUUGGAAUUGGAUUUUACUCACAGAUUUUGCAAGUUUUAAGCCGACUUAUUUACCAGAAGAUAAUCCUGCUGAUUUUUCAUAUUUUUUUGACACCUCUAGAAGAAGCAAUCAUUUUAAAAACAAUGUAGAAUCAACUAAGGAUGAUUUUGGUCAUAAUGAAGAUAAUACUAUUGAAGAUGACAAUAAUCAAAGUUUUAACAAAAGUGACUUAAAUGGAUGUGAUUCAAAAACUGUUCAAAUUCAAGACACUAAAUCUGAUAGUCAAACGGAUCAACAAGCAGAACCUAUACUAGUUGAAAGUCAAAGACGAAAAUUAGAUUUAAAGAGUGAGAAAAAAGUUUUAUCUUCAGAACCCGUUGAAGGAUUGGUUAUUAUUACUCAACUUGUUACUUCAUGUAUACGAGGUUUACAUCACUCUCAGUCUAAAUUACAAAGUUUAGAAAUAUUACUUGAACUUGCUGAAAACACGUCAGAUGAAACAAUAUUGGAUCGGAUUUUGCCUUACAUUUUUCAUUUAGUUCAUGAUCCUGCUUCACGAGUACGGGUGUCAGCUAUACACACUUUGACAAAAUGUUUGCAUCUUGUAAAGUCAAUUCCACCAUCAGAUGUGAAUAUCUUCCCAGAAUAUAUUUUACCCGGUUUAGCACAUAUCACACAAGAUGAAGCAGUAAUUGUUAGAGCUGCUUAUGCAGAAAAUAUCGCGCAUUUAGCACACAUUGCAUUACGUUAUUUAGAAAAUGCUCAUUUAUCUAACUUAGGUAACAAAGAAGGCCCAAAACCAAGUUAUGAUAGUGAACUUCAAACUUUGCAUGAAAUGGUGCAACAAUCUGUGUCCAUGUUACUAACAGAUCCUCAGAAUUUGGUAAAACAAACGUUAAUGGAAAAUGGAAUAAACAAACUUUGUAUAUUUUUUGGAAAACAAAAGGCCAAUGAUAUUUUACUUAGUCAUGUUAUUACUUUUUUAAAUGAUAAGGAAGACAAAGAGUUAAGAGGUUCUUUUUUUGAAUGUAUUGUUGGUGUAGCUGCUUAUGUUGGUUGGCAUAGUAGUCCUAUUCUUAUGCCUCUUCUUCAACAAGGAUUGGCAGAUCCUGAGGAAUUUGUAACCACAAAGGCUAUUAAUGCAAUGGCGACUCUUACAGAAUUAGGUCUCUUACACAAAUCUGCUCUUUAUCAACUUUUACAUGAGACCAUGGUUUUUUUAGUACAUCCAAAUUUAUGGAUAAGACAUGCGACUGUCGGUUUUAUAUCUACGGCGGCAAGAACACUUAAUUUAGUAGACGUUCAAUGCAAAGUUCAAUUAAUGAUUCAAUCCUAUCUAAAGCAUCCAUUGAUUCAAAUAGAAAAAGAAAUUCUGUUAUUAGAAGCCUUGGUAUCUCCCAUACCAAGAAUUGUUUAUGAUUCUGUUGUAAAAUACAACGAUGUAGAAGAAUUAUUUCAAGUUCUUGAACAAAGACAAGCUGCUCGAGCUAAAGCAAUAUCAGGAAUAGUACCACAAUAUAGUGAAAUGAGUACUUCCAUACGAAAUCUUUUUAGACGAUUAAGUUCAGAAUCUAUGACUGAAACUGUUGAAGAUCAGUUACUAAUAAUGAAACCACAUUUAAUGAAAAUCAAUAAAUAUCGAAAUUCAGUAGAUGCGAAGCUAAGUACAGCUAAAUCGGUGGAUGGAAAGUUAGAAUUAAAUACUAUGAAAGAUAAAAUACGACAUCAUAUAGUAAUAUUGUAUCCUGAUACAAAAGGCGAUCUAGGUCUUCCGCCAUUUAAACGAUUAGAUCGUAGAAUAUCAGAUAGUGUUGGCACAUAUGCAACAAUGAAUCAGGAAUGGCGAACAAUGUUUGCAGCUCAAGAUAAUGUUCAACAUACUGUGAAAAUGUCAGAUAUGACAGGGAGUAGUGGAAGUCCCAGUCAAAGUUUACAUGGAGGAGAUAUUCAUUUAUCACCACAACAUAGUUUAUCUGACAUGAAUAGUAUAAAUGAUCAUUCUCUUCAUGAACACAGGUGUGCACCUUGUAGAUUAGAAGUAAGACAACUGACAUACAGAAAACAAGAACAACAUGCUGCAGCAUUAAGAGCUCAGCAUUGGGCUGAUAAUAUUGCAUGGCAAGCUGGUUCAAGAUUAUUACCAAGUGGAUGGAGACCUCGAGGAGUACCAGUUGCACAUCUUCAUGAACAUAGAGCUGCAGUAAAUAGACUGGUUUCUAUACCUGAUACUAGUUUAUUCGCCAGUAGUUCUGCAGAUGGAUGCAUAAAAAUAUGGGAUGCAAGUAGAAUGGAAGGCCGGAACAUUGCUAAUCGUUCUAGGCAAACUUACAUACAUAGAGGUGGUCCUCUAGUUGGUUUAGCUGUAUGUGAUCAGGGACAAUCAUUAGCAAGUUCUGCUAGUCAAUCAGGCACUGUAUUUGUUUUGCGAAUAGAACCAAAUUCUAGUAAAAUGAGUGUUAUUGCUACUAGACAAUUAGAUCUUUUGGAAGAAGGAUGUGCAGUUGAUUUGCAAUAUUUAGAUUCUGGUUCACAAUCAGUUCUUGUUUAUGCAUCAUUAUACGGUUCGUUGGUAGGAUGGGAUUUAAGGUGUCCUGGUACAACGUGGCGUUUAGAAAAUGACCUAAAACAUGGAGUAAUUACUUCAUUUUGCGUAAACAAUUAUCAACAAUGGUUGACUCUUGGCACAAGUUCUGGUGUACAUACGUGUUGGGAUUUGCGAUUUCAAUUACCAAUAACCAGUAUUAAACAUCCUACAAACGCAAGAGUGAGGAAAGUAAUUACUCACCCUACAGAACAUUCAUGGAUUAUUUCGGCUGUGCAAGGAAACAACGAAAUUUCAAUGUGGAAUCUUGAAACUGAUUUUCGCCAAAUGGUUCUUUGGGCGUCAAGCGCUCCUCCACUUAGUCACUCGCAAGGUGGUCAUAGUGUAUGUGCAAUGUAUUCUGGAUCUAUUGAUAACGCAGGCUUCUUAUUAGCUGGCGGUACUGAUAUGAGAUUGCGUUUCUGGGACUUAUGCACACCCAAUGAAUCGCACGUCGCAUUACCUGCUGCUAAUGAUGUUACUCCUCCUAAUUCAUUAGCGUAUGAACAACGUUUAAUUGAUGGAACCAAUGUCGUACAAGAAGUUUUAGCUGGAGAUAGUCCAACUCCAUCAUCUGGAGGAGGAAGCAGUAUUAGAAUAAGAAAUUCUGAAGAAGGUGGUCAAGGUCCAGAAACCCCACCAUUUGGACAUCACGAUACUAUUUCCGCCGUAGCUAUGUCAAACACAUGUAUUCUUACUGGUAGUACAGAUGGAUUAAUACAAGUUUGGAAAUGAUUGUUUUCCCUUUCAUCGUCUCACGUUCUAAAGCUGCAUACAGUGUACAAAUUUUUCUAAUAUACCACAGACUUAUUCUGGGAAAACAAUUUAAUUGAACGUGCUGCAGUAAUUCUGUGAUUUUUAUUUGUACAUAAUAAUAUGUAAUAUAUACAUAGAUAAUAUGUGCAAGAUCAUCGAUAGCCAUAAUUAUAAUAUAUAUAAUGCAUUUCUUAAAUGGAACUUAAAUUUUAAGUUACUUUAAUACAGCGAUUCUUAUAUAAUAUAAAUAAUUUAUUUUUCUACGUGAAAAAAAAGGAGAAAGAGCUUGUUGUACUGUAAUAUAUUAAGAUGAUAAAUCAAUGAUAUUUAGUUUUAAAUAAUGCAAUAGCAACGAUUAAUCGUGUGGAUAUGAUAUUGGAUUGUAAAACUACAGCAUACGAUUAAUGUACAAGAAAGGUAUCAUUAACAAAUUUAUUCCUUGAUACAUAGUUUAUACUGGGUAGGUAUAACACGACUGCAUACUUUUAUGUAAUUGAUUACAUAGUAAACUUGUAUACCGACUGAAAUACUCAUAACCAGUGAAUAUCUUCAUAUUCUCUGAUAUAUUGUUACAAUAAAUUCAUAUUUUUAAUGGAUUUGUGUGUGUUGUUUAAUUAUUUACGUUAUCCAUUUAACUUUUUUGUUUAGUUACCAAGGACAAAUUGGUGCAGAAGGAUAGGGAGCUCGUCCCGGAAACGCAUAAGGAUCCGGAUUUAUCGUUCUGCAAAUAUCUUUCCAUCUUUCCUUUCCUCCUUUUCCAUGUCGUCGUCUAUAUUGUUGAUUUUUAUAAUUCGAUGGUUGAUAAUUGUAAUCUGCUUGUUUACCGAAAAGAAUCUCAACCCAAGGAGCUGCAGAUCCAGCAACAAUCAAUAAUAAAACUAAGAAUAAAAUUUUCAUUUUGCUUACGAUAUUUGAAAAUUUUUCACUUUGAGAAAAUAUAUAUUCGGUUAUUUUUACUUUCAAGCUUCACACUUUCUAAACAAAUUGAUUAGCGACACUUCCUCUUUUAACUUUUCGUACGUCACUACUUUUAACUACGAUUGAUUAAACCGCGAAAUUUGCAAACAUUUGAUUGAAUUACAUCUUUCCUUUUGGACUUAUUAAAGAGUUUGAACUGUACUCGCGGUAACAAAUACUGUCGCAAUGAAAUGAUGCUGGAUGCUUACUGCUCUUUUAUACACCAACCCUACCGCCUGAAUUUGCGUGUACAAAUGUUUUUCUUCUUGCUUGUCACAUUGAACUUGGAGAACUCUUGUUGUUUUGAUGCGAAUUAUAAUAAAAUCUGCAUUCACCAUGCGCUUCAACUUUUUUUGUAUUCCACGUGUGUAUACAAAUUCUGCUACAAUAAAAUAGACGGUGAUAUAAAGGUAUUCAUUUACUUGGAAUGUCGAUGCGUAGCAAUUUGCACAUUUCUGCGCAAGCGAAUCAUUAAAAGAUUGAUCCAUUAUUGCGUUUAUUCAUUCCUUUUAACUAAAUAUAAUUAUUUUACGAAGAUGCUAUAAAGUUGUCAUGAAAUUAAAUUAUAUUACAGGCUAGAUGAUAACUUCGUCGAUUGCGAACUGUCCUACAUUUGCAGUUAUCUUAUGUCAAGGUUGAUGUUUUUGGUAUAUGAAUACAAUAUUUAUUUAUAUAAAUAACAUAAUAUAUAUCUUUAUGGUAAUUUUAAUAUAUCUGAAAGGAAUAAUAAUCAUUGCCAAUGAACAAAUAAUAUUUUAAUCACAUGUGAUAGAAGAUAAGAUCGAAAUGUUUUGCUCCUGAUAGGUUGCAAAUUACUUUGCAAAUAGCAAAGACGUCCUUAUGUGCAAUCACGUUGCUUGUAAUCAUUCUUAUUAUCUUAGGUCCACCGUGAUUAGCCAUUACUAUUUUCUAUUACCGUAAUAGCGGUUUCUAAGCUGUUGGACUAUUAAUAGCAUUUGGCAGAGAAAGUAAGUAUAAGUAUAGUUUUGCGCUAAGAAGUUUGUCAUUCUCGAAUGGUCUCCUCAUCAUCGAGUAUAUCUGAUUCAACUUUCGCGCUUGUUACCGAUUUUCGAAAUUGGAUCGAACGAUAAGCGAAUACGGGUCACGGUAAACGAAAUCUAAUCUGCGUCAAUUGUAUCUUGAUAAUUUAACUGCGUUUAAUUCUGACAACACAAAAGAAAAUAUGCGUCCAUACAGUGUAUUUCCUUCAUCAAGAUUCGCU